AGCCGACCCCCAAUACCCACCCUGCCACGUACAUAGAUGUCAGAACCGAGUUACGGUGGGGUACCGGUGGCUGUAAAGCCCAGGUACGGGAAUAACCACAGGUAGCCUCUCUCGGCCUUCUCACAGCUGAUCGAAGGUCUGAUCAGCAGCUGUAUGUCGGGAAUGAAAAUAAUGGAAGAAGAAGAGAAUCCCGAGGAGGCGGAUCUGGGAGUGGAAGACGAGGACUGGUACCAAAAUGAUCUCCAACUUGCUGCCGAGUUGGGGAAAACCUUGUUGGAGAGGAACAAAGAACUAGAAGGCGCCCUGAGACAGGCGCAGCAGAUCACGGAAGACCAGGCGCUCGAAAUAGAGUAUCUAGCCCGGCAGCUGGAGGAACUCCGCGAACUGAGCGAGUCGCGAGCCCGCCUGGCCGAGCAGCUAGACGGCAACUGUCAGGAGUUGGAACGGACCAAUCAGCGGGCAGAACGGGAAAAGGAGGCUUUGCAACAGAGAAUAGACAAGCUUUGUGGGGAUAUCCAGUCGUUAGAACAGCGAUGCGAAGAACACCAGGCGACCAUCGACGAGCUGAAGCAGCAGGAGCGCCUGCGCAGAAAGAGGGAGCGGAGGAAACAGACGAACAGCACGCCCAGCUCGCUGGAGGUGGUAGGAGAGUUCAGACGUGCCAACAGUCUAGACAACACCUACUCCAACGUGUUCCUGGCGAACAACCCGUACGAGUCCGAGAUCAAGGCUCUACAGGACCAGGUCAAGACAGCGCAGGCACAGCAGAAUUUCGAGAAGCGGAAGCGUGACGAACUGGAGAUGGAAGUGUCCGUGUUGAUACACGAGAACCAGACUCUGGAGAAGCGGGCCCAGGAGUUGGAGAUAGACGCCCUCCGUACCAAGGAGCUCGAGGAUGAGCUCAGACAGAUGCAGGACAUGCAGGGGAACGUCUGCCUUAGAUGUAUGAAAUCUAUGCGGAACGAAAGAAGACCGCGGAGUAAAAGUGGCGAGAGUUUAUCAAGUCUAUCAGAGUUUAAACACAGAAUCCAUCAGGACAUAGAAGAGGACAAUGUUGAACUUGACGACACGGCAGGCGCCAAUGGCGGGGUGGUGAACGGGGACUUGGACAGUGACGACAAAGGGUUUAGCACUGCUUCUUCGGACCUCUCGCUCAAGCGCAGCGAGUCGGACGACAUGAUGCAGAACCCUCCCAAGUCGGGGGUGUCGCUGCUGACGGAGAUAGACGCACAGUACCACGCCAUGAAGCAGAAGUACGAAACCCUCCUGUCCAAACUGUUGCCCACAGAGUUACAGCCCGAUCACGAGCAGUUACCGCACGCCAACUCACCCUACCUGAGACGCAGACUGAAAUCAGAAGCGUCGGCUGUGGCUGUAGAGAGGUCUAAAAGCAGAGACCAACUCCACCUCCUGAUUAGCAAAGCCGUACAGACGUCACAACCUGUGUCCAGAAAAACGUCAGACGAAAACAUCCCCUCGGAAAGUAGCCCACCAGAAUAUAAGUCUUUAUUUAAGGAAAUCUUUAUGACCUUGAGAAAGAGUAAAUUUGAAGAGUCGUAGAGAUGUACAACAACUGUGGGCCGACAGCAGACACGAUGUUGUUUGAUAAAAUCUGGCUAUUUGAGUGAUCACACUAAAUAUACAGACUUUUGAUGACGCUGCUAGUGAUAGAAACGGACGAGAUAUGGGUGCAUGAUAGUUUCGUGCCACUGAGUAUUGGCUAUUGGACUGUGGGCAUGAAGCCAGCUAGCUGGAACUUCCUCAGUUAUAUUCUUUGGUGUAAUUUGAAUGGACGUUCUCUCUAGGAAAAUGUGAAAGGGACUAUAGGGAUUCGACAUGACAGGAUUGUGGUGUAAAAUUGCAGAGUUGAAAGUGGCGGGAGUACAGUGUUGAUGGACGGUGUGGGUUUGAGUAGUUGGUGAGGAUUAUGUGAUGGAGCAGCAGAUAGAGAUGAAGGUAAGCGGCAGAGCGAUCGAUGGAGAAAGGAGAUUAAGACUGACGUGAUCUUGACGUCACGGUUGGUACUUAAGAAGGAAAAAUGUCGGUUCAGUAAAAGUUUAAUGGUAAUGUAACCCCCUCUCGUUUGGGAUCGAUUCACGACUGUUUACAGACAGAUCGACUGGUGGUACUGUAGAUGGCACGCAGUUCAGUUCGGGAAUAACAACUAUUUUCCUACGAUUCUUCAUCUAGAUAUUGUAAGAUACUGUAGUGAUGCACAUGUAUGUAACGUAAACUGUGCGGAAUGUAUGGAGAUAGAUAUUCUUGUAGGACAAGUCUAGCUUAGGGUUGGUCUAGAGUAGGUUUACAAGAGUUGACACUCGUUGCAGAGAAACGUUUCGUACUUUCACGGAAAAGACACGUCUGAGCCGCAAAACCCCUCAGGGACAGAGGAAAGUGAAUCUUCGCCACAAAGGCAAUGCAAUUACCAUUGACCAGACCUUUGUAAUUGAUCAAAUUUCCCCGGCGACAAAAAGCAUUCUCUUGUAAAAUUGCAAAUGGACUCAAUAUGAGCCUUGGAAUACAUCCAAACAUCGUGAAAGCGCCAUCAGUUCAACUGCGAAGUCAUAAAUUCUCGAGGACAAAAAUCGGAAAGUGAAAAUGCAGUGAUUUGAAAGCUAUCUUUCUGUCAGUUUGAAAGAAAGAGUGAGACAAUAACAAUCCACGAGGCCAGUUGUAUUGAUUUAAGAAGGCGCCAUUGCUUUGAAAGGUCAACCAGUCCCCAGGUAUAUAUAUAGCGGGCUGUAUCGAUUGCCGUAUUGUGGACGAAAAACACAGACGAAACUAAUGAUAUUGCCAAUGUGGCACAAGUCACUACCUUAACUUGCCACUUAAGUCAUGUAAGUGAAAUAACAAAGAAUUAUCUAUCGGUUCUCUCUUUAUAUAUGUACAUAUAAUUCAAUUCUUUGCAUAAAUGGCAGCAGUACUGGUUGUUACAAUGUUCCUAAAAUUUUAUUUUGUACGUAACUUUAUAACAUCGUGACUCACCAAUUAAGUAUUUUAUUGUCUUUCCUCAAGGUUUUAUGGAGUGUUUAUCCUCAACUAAUUUAAUUUGUCCUCUGCAUAUCAGAUAUGGCAAGGGAUAGAUGAAACCAUUAAGCUAAGUGCUGUGUGGAUAAUUGGAUAUGCACCACUUUAAUGUGGAUGGGUUCAUUUCUGAAUGUAUGUCGUGUAUACCUAGCCUUAUUCUGUCAUAUUGACAUUUAUGCCAUGAAACGUGUUUUUAGCUAAUUUCUUGUCAAUUGUAAUGUUGUGUCCUCAAACUAUUUGUUGCAAAUGUUUUCGAAGAAUAUUCAUGAAAAUUUGAUUGCUGGUGUCUGUACUUUUAAAAAAAUGUGUGUUUUCCAUUGUCAAACAUGUCCAUUGUAUUGUUCAAGCUCAUUACAUUUUUUAUAAGAUAAAUGUGUAUAAAGGACUAUUAGAGAAAGAUUGAUCACUAAUGGAAAUGUAUUUCACAGGUGAUCCAUGACCUCAUAGCUGAACUAUGACCAUAAACUAUGACAUCAAAUGACACUGUUGUACUUUAUUCCUUUCCCUGGACAUCUCCUUUCUCGUACUGAUCAAGAACUUGAUAUCUUCUAUGCACAAGCGAAAAUACUGCAGUGCAUUUAAGAUAUAAAUGCAAUACAUAUAUUGAGGUUUAAUCCAUUUCUUCUUCUCUGGAGUGUUGGUAAUCAACACAUUGUUUUCAUCAGCAAAAACACAGCAGCAUCUUAGGUUCACAUAAAAUACUGCAGAUAUGAAGCCAGGAGAAACCUUCUCCACUCCCCCAGCAG